CUUAGAACAUACGUUUCAACCAUUUCUUUCUUCUCUGUUAAAGAGAGAAAUUAAGAGGAGAGAAGAGAGAAAAGAAAAGAAAAAGCCCUUGCAUUUCUCAUGAACUGUGGAGUCGUACUGGGUUUCUAUUGCUGGGGCUGGGAGUUCUUAACUGCCCUUCUUCUCUUCUCUGCCUCCUCUUAAUCAUUUUCUCACCUUCUCUUUUUGUUUUUUUUUUUUUUCUCUUAUUUUCUUUCGUUUUCUUUCUGUUUCUUUCGUUUUCUUGCCGGAUUUUCUUAUGGGGUCUACAGCUUUAGAUAAUAAUAAUAGUAAUAAGGGUUUCUUUGAAUAUGUUCGUAAAUCAACUCCGCCUCCAUUCUUGCUUAAAACCUACAUGCUGGUGGAGGAUCCGGCUACUGAUCAAGUGAUUUCUUGGAACGGCGAUGGAACAGGGUUUGUGGUUUGGCAGCCGGCGGAGUUUGCCCGUGAUCUUCUUCCAACACUGUUCAAGCACAGCAACUUCUCCAGCUUUGUCCGGCAACUGAAUACAUAUGGUUUUCGUAAAGUUACAACUAGCAGGUGGGAGUUUUGCAAUGACAUGUUUCGAAAGGCUGAAAGAGAGCUCCUUUGCCAAAUUCGUCGACGAAAAGCAUGGUCUAAUAAGCAGCAACCAACUGUACCAAUUCAAACUACACCACAAGAUUCUGAUGAAGAUCAAAGAUCGUCAUCAACUUCAUCCUCGUCUGAAUACAGUAUCCUAAUCGAUGAAAACAAGCGUCUUAAGAAAGAAAAUGGGGUUUUAAGCUCGGAACUCACUGGUAUGAAAAGAAAGUGCAAGGAGCUUCUUGAUUUAGUGGCUAAAUAUGCACAUUUUGAGAAAGAAGAAGAAGACGACGACAGCGAUAAGAGGCCAAAGUUAUUUGGUGUGAGACUAGAAGUUGGGGGAGACAGGGAGAUGAAGAGAAAGAGAGCUAAGAUUAGAGAGUGUGCAACUGUUUUAUUAUCUCAAUCAUGCAAAUAAAUUAUAUCAAUAGUUAAAAUUAAUCAAUCAAUCAACAAUGAAGGAAGCAAUAAACAUAGCUGUAGCUACUUGGAAUUGAAGCAGCUUGCUAGAUAUAUAGCAUGAAGUAGAUGUAGUUUUAAGUUAAUUAUAAGCUUUAAUGGCUGCAGCAGUGAACUGGAUAUGUAUCUAUUUAUACAUGCACAGUGUUAUGUACUUCAAAAGGAUGAUAAUAUUGGGCACAAGCCCUUCAAUCAUAAGGGUAUGUCUUAUAUUUUGUGGGUUAA